CGCCAACCGAGGUAUUCCGAAAUUUGAUGGCGGAAAGGUUUGAAAGGCAAAUGUAAACAAUCAGCAGUUAUGUCAUCUUUGAAGGAUUCCUCGUCGGUGGACAGUGAAUGCAACAUUCAAGUCUUUAUAAGAAUACGACCCCCAGCCUCAGAUGAAUCAACAUAUUCACGGGUGGUAGACGUCGCUGAGUCCAACACACAAGUGUUACUGAAACAGGACCAAAACCCUAGAGUGUUCUCAUUUGAUUAUGUUGCCGAUGUUGACUCAACACAGGACAAUAUCUUCAACCGACUCGGAAAGAAGGUCAUUGAAAACUGUGUGGCAGGCUACAAUGGGACAAUAUUUGCUUAUGGACAGACAGGGUCGGGCAAAACAUUUACUAUGCUUGGUCCAUCAGAAGAUGCCGAUAACUUUCAUCAUGAAAUGCGUGGAGUUAUACCAAGAAGUUUUGAAUACCUUUUCCAGUUGAUAAAUAAGGAAAAAGAAAAGCAUGGUGACACGAUGCAGUUUUUGUGCAAAUGCUCGUUCCUGGAGAUUUACAACGAGCAGAUUUUUGACCUGCUGGAACCCUCAGCCAACAUUUUACAUCUUCGAGAAAGCCUGAAAACAGGCGUGUACGUUUCGGGGCUGUCGGAACAAGUAGUGUCUAGUGCUGGCGAGGCGUAUGAGGUGCUUCAGUCAAGUUGGCAGAAUCGUAAAGUGGCUUCAACCUCCAUGAACAGAGAGAGCUCCAGGUCACAUGCAGUAUUUUGUCUGCAGAUCGAAUCUAAGGAGAGGAAUGGAUCAGUGGAGAACAUAAAGACAUCACAGCUUAACCUUGUUGAUCUGGCUGGGUCAGAGAGACAGAAGGACACACAAGCUAGAGGACUACGACUCAAGGAAGCUGGCUCAAUAAACAAAUCCUUGUCUAACUUGGGCAAUGUGAUCAUGGCGCUUGUACGUGUGUCUGUUGACAACAAAAAGAGGUACAUCCCGUAUCGAGAUUCGAAACUCACCUUUCUACUACGAGACUCACUAGGAGGGAACUCAAAGACCAGCUUGAUUGCGUGUGUCCAUCCUGGUGCAAAGUGCUUUGGUGAGACUUUGUCCACUCUCCAGUUUGCCAAGAGAGCCAAAAUGAUCAAGAACAAGGCCAUUCUGAAUGAAAAUUCAAUGGGAAACAUAACUCAACUACAAGAGGAAAUCCGGGCCCUGAAAGAGGAACUACAGAUGUUUAAAUCUGGCACCAUCCCUAGUCAACCCUCACAGGCUGUAUCGGAGGAGAGCAUGCCAGUGUUAAAGGAGAUGUUCUUACAAGCCAUGUACCUGAGGCAGAAAGCUGAUGCUGAAAAACAGGAGCUUGUUGAAUCCAUUGACAACCUGAAGGACAUAAUACAGAAGAAGGACAAGGCGCUACAGACAAACAAGAUGAUCAUCAAGUUCCGAGAUAACAACGUGAAGAGGCUGGAAGAUAAACUGAAGGGGAAAGAGCCGCAAGAUUCACAGAUUGAUGACCUACAGAAAGAAAUAGCCUACCUUCAAGCCCAGGUGGACAGCAAUCCUACUGUAGUAAAGUUCUCAAUGGAGGUUAGACAGCUUAAAGCCUCACUGGCAAACCUCAAGGAAGAGCCAGGAACUGUUGAGAGCAUUUUAAAAGACCAAGUGGCAGUCAACAGAUUAGAGCAGAUGUUUCGAACACUCUUGUCAGAGCAACAGACAAACUCGGAAGAGUCUGAGGUAACUCCAUAUAGAGCGGAGACUGUGUCAACUGCGACGCUAGAGAAACUGCGCUCAAAAAACACAGACCUGACUGCAAAAGUUGAGGAGAUAAGUGAGCAGCUGGAAGAGCUUAAAUCAGUGUCAGACAAGCGAGAGAAGAAACUAGAAGGCGAACUGGAAGUUGCCCACAAACAGAUUGAAGAGCUGGAGGGAAGACUUAAAGCCAAAGACACCUUGUCUAGAAUAGAACGAGAGGCCCUUCAAGACAUACACAUGCAGACUGUCAAGACCAUGCUGACACCAAAGAAGGAUUGCUACAAACUGAGGAACAGAACUGUCUCCAAGGCAGGCAGCUUAAAUGAUACAACGUUUGAGUCACCAGAGUGCCCAAGUGUGGCGCAAGAUGAGGGAAUUCUUGGAGAAGAUAUGCCGGAAGAGGUUCAGUUUCAGGAAACAGAAGCUUUGCUGGAUCAGAUUAAAACACUGCAGGGCCAACUGGGGGAGAGAGAUGGCCGUAUAGAGGAAUAUGAAGAGGAGCGAGUCCGCCAGAAUGCCCGGGUAUUGCUGCUUGAAAACCAGCUCAAAAACACACAAGAGUUUUUAGACCAAGAAAAACAAAGGUGUAUGAACCUGCAAGAGGAGAUCCGACUGUGUGAACCCAGGGUGAAGAGGGUCAAUGAGGAAAAGGAGGCUGCCUGUGGAGAGAAUCAAGAUCUUCGCCUUAUGCUGCAACAGGCAGACAGGCAACUGAAAGAAGCCAAGGAUAAACUGAGAGCAGUGGAAUCAGACAGAGAUGUUGCAAUCUCCAAGCUUACUGAAUGCCAGCCAAUAAUUGAACAACUUUCAACGAACUUGGAGAAACUACAGGAGGAGAAUGAACAGCUAACGUCAAGCCUAGAUGACCAAUGUGUGGCUACAGAGUUCCACAGGAGCCGAAACUGUAAUUAUGAGAAGGAUAUCGAGGAAAAGUCACAGAUCAUUGCCAAAUUACAGAGACAAGUCCAGGAAACACAACAGGAGCAAGAACAGAUAGUGAACCAGCUCAAAACAGAGGGAGCCUCUAAGGCCCAGGAGGCUUUGAACCAGUUGCAAGAGAAACAGCAACUACAACAGCAUGUUGAGAACCAAAAGAACAGAAUAGAGGCGCUCGAGAGCACAGUUGAUAAACAUAAAGAGGUUUUAAAAGAGAGAGAUAAUGAGAUUCAAACUCUUGACAGAAAGUUACAAGCUGCUGAGGAGGAAACCAUCAAGCUGUUUGGUGAACUAAAAAAGAAAAGCGAGGAGAUUUGUGAGCUUCGACAGUCUCUUGAGACGGAGGGAGAGAAGUCCACCUUCUACCAGAAGGUGCAAGAAGAGCAUGAAGGUGCGAUAGCUGACCUCGAGAGGGAGAUUGCUGACAUAAGGGAGGAGCACAUCAUGCAGUUGGGAAAGAAACAGGCACAGAUUGACCUGAAUGAAGGUUUUGCCGAAGAAAUUGUGGAACUCGAGGGGAUAAGGGCUCAGCUGCAGGAUGAAAAUGAGAAUCUGAAAGUUCAAGUAUCAAAGCUGGAAAGUGGAAACUCACAGGAGCAACUCGACAAGAUUAAGGCAGAGAUGGAUGCAUUAAAGGCAGAAAACAUUGAAUUGAGAAAUAGACUCUUUGCAAUACACGAGCAAAGCACAAAAAUAGAGCAAGAGAGAAAAGAAAUAGCACAGCAGGCUAAAAGGAACAGCACUGUGACAGAAUCGGAGAUACAGGCAACAAAACAACUACUGGAAGAAAAGGAUUCACUUCAAAAGCAACUUGAGACGUAUUCUUCGGUGAUUGAGGAGGUUAAUGGGAUUUUAAAGACAUUCAUGGGCAUUGAAGCCCCUUCACAACACAAUUUACCAAUGAUUAUUCAGACUUUGUUUGAGGAAAGAGAAGAUUUCCAUGAAAAGGUUGGGACCAUUGCUGGCCAUAGCAAUCGGAAGCAGAAGAUCCACUUGUUAGCAAAAUAUAAGGAAAUUAUAUACCAGCGAGAACAGGAAGUCUGCAAACUAAAAAAUCAACAACUAAACUGUCGUUGUGAGCUGAAACCACAAAAACAUGAGAAACAAGGUUUGGAAAAUGAAAAGAGUAAACUGCUACCUUACAAGCCCAGUUCGAUUUUGAAAGAAAAGGAAAAUUUACCGACUCAUAAGACAUUCCUGUCUGGGGAGUUUACAGGAAGGGUGCUGGAAAAGGGUGCUGGAAAAUGACCACACAGGGGAUAAAUGAUAGAUUACUGUUAUACAUAUAAUGUGUUUUAAAGUCAAUGAUGGCUCCGAUGCGUUGUUUUUUGUUUUUUAUAAAGAGGAAUCAGGUAUCACAUGAUGAAAUGAUCGAUAUCAAAUUACAUUAGAACCGAGAUGUAUAAUAAUACAAAAAAUAAAAGAUGUUUUGUUGAGAUAUAAUUUGUUCAUGCCAUACUUUGUAACCAAGGUUUUGUUCAUGCCAUACUUUGUAACCAAUGUUUUGUUCAUGCCAUCCUCUGUAACCAAUGUUUUGUUCAUGCCAUACUCUGUAACCAAGGUUUUGUUCGUGCCAUACUCUGUAACCAAUGUUUUGUUCAUGCCAUACUCUGUAACCAAGGUUUUGUUGUAUGGUAGACAUGGGGAAAUGUGAUGAAGACAAACACUUGACAAAUUAUUGUUUUUAUCUGUAAACAAGCAUUGUUUUCCUGGCUUUAUGAGCUUUACAUGUGUAAGUAGAUUUAUGUGUAUGAAUAUCAUUUACUGCCAUAUUGCAUUAGGACCAAAUCUUUUGUUUAAAAACUAUGUCAUUCUGUGUAUAAUACAAAUAAUUAUUAGACAGAAUAUUCCAUUUAUGAAGGUUAUGCUGAUUCCGUAUACUUUCUCAAUGUAUUAAUAUUUAACAUACAUUUCAAGGAACUUUCUUUAAUGUUAUAAUUUUGAUCUAAAAAUAUUGUUCAAUUCAUAUGUUACAUGAAGUUUAAAAAUCUUUUUACAUUGUGCUGUUUUUUAUUGACACUGCAAACUUUACUCAAAUUAAUGCAUAUUAUUUUUUUGACUGUUCAUAACAAAUUAAAAAACCUUCCAGUUACUUUAUUAUUUCAGCCAGUUCAUAAUCUUAAGACUUGGAUCAUGUUAUGACAGAUGUAGAUUUAUGUAUUUAUUUUAAUCCUGUAGCUGUAAUGUUACAUUAAGCAAUGUGUGAGUUCUACUCCUUCAUCUAUAAGUCAGUGUCUCUAUACCAUUGUUUAUGUCUUUAGCCUGUGAAUUUCAUAACUGAUACUUAUACUAUCUGUAACCUUUUUUGUCUUCCGUAUUCAGCUUUGUUCUGGCUCAUAACAUGUAAAAUGUUUUUUUCAAAACCGUAUUAAAACAUUUUUCUCACAA